GGUGGCAGUGCGUGACAAAUUGGUGACAGCAAUUAUGAGUAGGUACCUAACCUAGGUGGAUCUUGGACACUGCGCGAGUGUCUUGUAGACUUGAAAUUAAGAGGUAAACAUGAAUGAGAUCCAUUGUCUAUCUAUUUAUCGUCAAUCUUGACACCAAACCCCAGCUUCAAAAUGACAGACAAAAUUAAUAUACCUAAACCUAGGUAUAUAAACAAUAUUAAAAGAGCCAGCCGUAUUACGACUAAUACAAAGUGAUGCCGAGUAUAUACUAUAUCCAUGUUUCUCGUUCCCGGAUAUAUCCGGCCCUAUCCGGUUAUUAGUGGGGGGAAGCUACCCCGAGCUAAUAACCCGGGAACUCCGAUUCCGGCCGGGCGGAGAAGCUAAUAUAGGUAGGUGGGCACUUUCGCAUAUUAUACGAUGAUAUUGUAAUUGCCAUCUAAAGUAUUGGGCAUCAAGUAUUACGGGAAUUGGGGGAAAUAGAAAGGCCUACCGAUAUCCCCUAAAAUAUCUAACGGUAUCGUGAUUUUCCUUUCGACUUCAAACCGUUGGUCUCAAAACAAUGGAGCCCUAUCAACUCACGGCAACCCAAGCGCUCGCAAAGUUCAAAGACAGCACAUUAACAGUGGAAGAAUAUGCUCGAUCGCUACUCGCACGAAUCGCAAAGAGAGACGACGCGGUCAAAGCAUGGGCAUAUCUCAACCCGGAAUAUGUGAUCCAGCAGGCGAAGCAGCUCGACUCCAUACCCCCUGGAAGCAGAGGACCUCUGCACGGGGUAGCGAUUGCGGUGAAGGAUAUCAUGUAUACGAAAGACAUGCCGACGCAGCAUAACUCUCCGAUCUACGAGGGAGACGAGCCGAAGGUCGACGCGGCGGUUGUCGCGACGUUGCGCCAUGCCGGCGGCUUGAUACUGGGGAAGACAACCACGACGGAAUUCGCAUCCACAGCAACAGGCCCCCAAACGCGCAACCCGCACAACCCCACACGCACCCCAGGCGGCUCGUCCUCCGGUUCCGCAGCCGCCGUAGCCGACCUCCAGGCCCCCGUCGCGCUGGGCUCGCAGACGGGCGGCAGCACGGUGCGCCCGGGGUCGUUCAACGGGAUCUUCGCGUACAAGCCGACGUGGAGCGCGGUCAGCCGCGAGGGCGUGAAGACGUACUCCAUGAACCUGGACACCGUGGGGUUCUUCGCGCGGAGCGUGCAGGAUCUGCAGUUACUCGCCGACGUGUUUGCGCUCGAGGACGACGAUGACGAUGAUGCCUCUACGCUGCAAGAUGGUUUCUCGAUUAAGGGGUCGAGAUUCGCGCUGGUGAAAACGACGGUGUGGCCUCAGGCAGGUCCCGGUACGGUCGCGGCAUUGGGGGCUGCCGCGAAGGUGCUCCGUGACCACGGCGCAGAGGUCGAGGAGAUCGAGUUGCCGCCGGAGUUCGAUAGGAUGCCCGAGUGGCACGGGGUGAUCCUCGACUCCGACGCGCGCGCGACGUUUUUGCCCGAGUACCGGAUCGCAAAAGAUAAACUAGCCCCUCUGAUAGUCGACCACGUCGAGAAUGCCAACAAGAUAUCGCGGGCCGCUCAGCUCGAGGCCUUUGACGGCGUGGCUGCGCUAAGACCGUUACUCGACGGGAUAGCGGGUAAAUACGCUGCUAUACUUACGCCGAGCGUAAUAGAUGAGGCCCCUGUGGGGAUAGAAUUUACCGGGAGUCCGGCUUUCAAUAAGAUAUGGACGGCUCUGCAUGUACCGGUGGUUAAUAUUCCCGGCUUUAAAGGGGAAAACGGAAUGCCGAUUGGGCUGUCGUUGGUCGCGCCGAGAUACCGCGAUAGGCAUUUACUUGAAGUUUCCAAAGCUGUUGGCGAGAUCUUCCAGGCCCAAGGAGGUUGGUGGACUCGGAGCUAAAGCUAACAGAACCGUUCUUAGAUAGUAGAUGGAUAUAACAGCCAAGUUAUUAUGGAGUCCCCGAAAGCUCGCUCGUUUAGUGCACACAUAUAUAUUGUUCUCGUUGAAUUUUCUUUUCUUCUUUUUCCCUUUUUUGGGAGACCGCUCGCAUUGA